CCUCAUCCGAAUGUUCCGUUCUCUCAGCCUCCGCGUGUUCAAGGGUUUUGCUGUUGCUCAAGCAACUCAUCGAACGUCGGCGCUGUCGAACGGAUAUCAUGCAAGAAAGGCCAGCUCAUCUUCCUCAAGGCACUCCGUAGUCACUUCACUAACCAAGACGUGUCCAUCAUGUGGGACUGUUCUUCCAACUGCAUUACCUGUCUGUCCAAACUGCAAUUAUAUUGCAAGGAUCCAUGACUCAAUAUCAUACCACGAUAUACUGGGUCUUUCUUAUGAGCCAAACCCAUUUGCGGUGGAUGUUGCACUCCUUAAACGCCGCUUCCUUGAAGCACAGAGAAUAGCACACCCUGACGCAUGGGCAACCAAGACUGAAUCUCAACGAGAUGUCGCACUUCACAUGUCGAAUACGGUGAACGCUGCGUAUAAAACACUGUCGUCACCCUUGCACCGUAUAGAAUACAUUUUGCAGCGGAAUGGCUUCAAGACUGAAGAAGCAGAUCCCUUAGAGGAUCUGGAACUCAUUAGCGAAAUCAUGGAAGUCCGAGAGGAGAUAGAAACCGGGGACAUCGAGCGAAUCCGCACCCUAGAAGAGGAUAAUGACAACAAAAUUCGUGAAGUUCUCAACACAGUCACAAAAUCCGUAUCCGAAAAGAAUUGGGAGGAAACCAAAGCUGCGGCAGUGCGACUGAAAUAUCUGAACGGAAUUGCGGACGCUAUCAAGCAGCGAUUAGAUAACAUGUAAAUAGAUCAUCCUUGUUGAUUUAAUACGAGUGCACACUUGCUGCGUUCAUUAUUUCA